UAACAUCAAAGUCCUUACUUCCGGUUGGUUGUUAUUCGACGCUUAUUAGUGAAUUAUUGAUUGAUCUGGCUUCCUAAAGGUUGAAAAAUAACACGACACGACAUGUUGCACUGGUAUUUCUAUCAACUUUCUUCUGACCUUCCACUUUUAAGAUCGAAAAUGAAUAAAUUCUAUUGAUAUGUUGUGUGGAAGUAGUGACUAAGUCAAGUGUAAAAGUGUAACUAAUCUAAUGCAAUAAGAAAUGGUUUUAAUCUAUAACGAUUGAUUAUUCUUUGAUCAUUAUGUCAAAAGGAGAAGCUAUGAUAAGAAGACGUAAAUUGCGCUUGAGUCCAGGCGACAUGGAUCGAGCAAGAUCUAGUUGUCAAUCUUCUCCAGCUGGAAGUGACAUAGAAGAAGAAACAGAUAACCACAUGUUUGAUGAAGAAGUUUUGGGACCUAUGGUAGUGAAGGCGAUUAUGUCUAAGGAUAGAUCACUGUUUCUUGGCCUUCUUGCUCUAAGAUGUGUAAAUGCAUUGAUGAUACAAACCCACUUUGUACCUGAUGAAUAUUGGCAAUCUUUAGAAGUGGGACACAACAUGGCUUUUGGGUAUGGUUACAUGACAUGGGAAUGGAGAGAAGGUCUACGUGGUUAUACCUACCCACUUGUUUUUGCUGUUUUGUUUAAAAUUCAACAAGUUUUAGGUCUUGAUACACGAAUAUUACUGAUAAAACUACCAAGAUUGUUACAGGGUGUAUUGGCAGCUGUUGGUGAUUUAUAUCUUUAUAAAUUAUCACGUAAACUUAGUGGCACACCUACAGCUCAGUGGACAUUAUUAUGUCAUGUUUUAUCAUGGUUUACUCUAUACUGCUGUACUAGAACUCUGACUAAUUCAACUGAAGCUGUUUUAGUUACUGUAGCUUUAUAUUACUUUCCUUGGCCUGGAUUGACGUCUAAAGGGAAUUCAUCAAUGAAAUUUUUAGCCAUGGCAGCUCUUUCCGUAAUAGUUCGACCUACGGCAGCUAUUAUGUGGAUUUUAUUAUGUUCUUGGCAUAUACAACAUAAUUCAUCCCAUUUAUAUAAAACUUUAAAAAACUAUAUCCUUGUUUGUGUAUUAUCUCUAGGUAUAUCAGCUUUAAUAGAUCGAGUUUAUUAUAAUACAUGGACUUGUGUACAGUGGAACUUCUUACAAUUUAACGUCCUAACAGGCGACAGUGCUAUAUACGGCACACAUCCCUGGCAUUGGUACAUAACUCAAGGGUUCCCGGUUGUCAUGGCAACACAGUUAUUUCCUUUUAUCAUGGGUGCAUGGAAAUCAUCAAAUAAAGUUCCUCUACUUUUAAUUAUAUGGAAUAUAUUUAUAUACAGUUUUUUACCACACAAAGAGUUCCGUUUUCUGUUGCCAAUUUUACCACUCUCAAUGCAUUACUGUGGAGUUUAUUUCCAAUCAUUGUGUCAGAAACCAUUCAUUCGACGUCAGAAAAAAAAGAAGAAAACGAAGGAAGACAAUGAUAAAACUGUUGAUAAUCUUAACGAAAGUUGUAGCAGUGGAAUAGGUGGAUCUGAUAUCAGUGAGAGCCAAUCAGAAUCCAGCGUUUUAUCUUCUGAAACUUCAAGUUGUCAUGACAUCUCAUCAACUCACCAAACAGAAUCAAAAAUAAAAAUUCAACAGAAGCAAAAAUUAAAAUCAAAUCUAACCAAAGCAAAAGUUUUUGUAAUUAUUUUGAUUAUUACUAACAUUCCUGCAGCUCUAUAUUUUAGUUUAAUUCAUCAACGAGGGACAAUAGUAGUUAUGAAAUUUUUAUAUGAUGAAAGUAUUGAGAAAGAGACGGACAUCUUGUUUCUGAUGCCAUGCCACUCCACACCAUAUUACAGUUAUAUUCAUCGUAAUGUUAGUAUGAGAUUCCUCACAUGUGAACCAAAUCUACAGAAAGCAGAGAAUUACACGGAAGAAGCUGACCUGUUUUAUAACAGUCCUAUUGAUUGGUUGAAAUCUGAAUAUGCAGCAACACACAGGUCAUGGCCAAGUCACAUAGUAUAUUUUAAUGUCCUCCAACCAGUCAUUAAUUCAUAUCUACUACAAUCAGGCUAUAAACUCUGUAAUACAUUCUUUCAUACUCACAUUCCUGAAGGUCGUGUAGGGUCACAGGUCAUGGUCAGUUGUAGGUGACCUUGUUAUAAAUAGUUAUAUUUAUGCAUCACCUGAAUUAAUCUAAUCAUGUCUUAUCUGAUUAUUGUUAUAUUUUAAUUUUAGGCACCCUUCUUAUAUUUUUUAUUAACAAUGUUUACAUUGUUGGGCAGCUUUUGUUUAAGUAUUGGACAAAGUAAUUAUACAAUUAUAUUACUGCAAUGAACAUAGUAUAAUAAACUGAAAUGUACUCUCAAUGUUAACAUAAUGAUGAUUAUAUUACUCUUUUUUUGAGAUAAAUAUAUGGUAAUUAUAUUUCUAUGGCUGUGUGUGACACAACAUCUGACAAGUGGAAGCUAAGCUUGAAUAAAACGGAAAGUCCUGGGAUUAAAACUCUGGAUUUUUUAGUUAAGAUUCUAAGGUUUCCAUUUGAAUACUGCGCCCGCCCUCCCCCAUUCUGAGUUGAGCAAAACAAAUGUUUAUAGUGGAAUAAUCCAUUUACAUCGAAUUGUCACUGACAGAACAAGGUUGUGAUAGAAAAUAGGUUCAUAUACAACUAGUGUAAAAAUAAUCCAAACGAAAUUUUCAUUGUAUUAUACAGAUGACAAACUACUAGUCAAAUAAGACUAGCUGGUCAGCCAUAUUUAAAAACACUGGAGUCUAAAACACUCCUUUAUUUUUGAAUUCCGUCUAUUUCAUCUUUUAUAGUUAUAUUUAUAUGUUAGUAGUCUGAUAAAUACUUUAUCAUUGUUGUUGACCUCAUUUAAAAUUGAUCAUAAAUCAGUGGCCUGGGCUCCCCUUUAAUAACAAUGCCAGAAUAAAACAUUCAUUUAUUAAUCUGUUUCUGUGAAAUGUCUAAAUUUGAGCUUUUUGUUGGUUUCAUAGUGAUGUUGUAGCUGAUGAAAUUGAAUGUCAUAUUCAGGUCGCGAUACACACCACUAAUCACCACUGAUAUCACUUUUUUUUUCAAAAUUUUCUCUGAGGAGGACCCGAGCCCCACCCCCAAUCAAAUCUCCUUCAUCCGUCACUAUCAAAAAUUUUGCUGUUACUACCAAUUUGCUGAGAGGUUUUUCUGUAAAAAUGGUAUAUUGUGAGGAAAUAGUCCCAUUUACCAUAUAAGUCAUCCUCCCUUCUUGACACUGUUUCAAAAAACCUACUUGAAUUGGCCAGUAGUUCAUAAUAAAGGGCUCAAUAAAGAAAAAUCAACUUUGUUCUGGGUUGAUAUAGGAUGAUCUAUUCGCUAUCCUCAAUCUAUUUAUCUAUUUAAAUUAUCUCAAAAAUAUGAGAACAAAUAAAUAUGUACAUAUUAUUAUGUUAUUCUAUCAUUACUAUCAUUUAUUAUAGAGGAAUAUUUUAACUUAUUUAUUGAUAAUAAAUUCAACAGUGCAAUAAUAUAUAUUUUCUUUAUCUAUUUAUAUACCUACAUUUUAAUGUUGUCUUAUAUUUUCACCAGUACCGUCCAUUGAUCCAAAUGUCUAUUGAUUUUUAUACGCCCACAUUUUCAUGUGGACGUAUAUUGUAGUCGCCCCUGUCCGUCCGUCCGUCCGUCCGUGUACAAUUGUUUGUGAACAGUCUACAGGUCAUAAUUUUUAUCCGAUUUCAAUGAAACUUGAAAUGUAUGAUUAUAACCCAAAGAUCGUGGUUCCUUUCGAUAUUCGCGCAUAUCGGACCGUAACUUCCUGAAUUAUGGCCCCUGAUUGUACGAAAAAUCACGUUUUUAGCUUGUGGACCCUAUAGAGGUCAUAAUUUUUAUCCGAUUUAAAAAAAAACGUAUUAUUGUAUCACCGUUACACCCUAAGGACGGCUGAGUUUGAAUUUCGUGAAAAUUGGCCCAAAACUGACAGACAAAAUGGCCGCUCUUCGUUCUCAAAUAACGUAAAAAUAUGGUAUAUCAAGGUUGUGGAACCUAUAGAGGUCACAAUUUUAAUCCUAUUUUGAUGAAUCUUGAAAUGUAAGUUUAAAACCCAAAGAUCUCGGUUCCUUUCGAUAUUUGCGCAUAUCGGACAGUAACUUCCUGAAUUAUGGCCCCUGAUUGUACGAAAAAUCACUUUCUUUUUAGCUUGUUCUCUAUACAUCUCACGAAAAUGUGGGCGUAUCCUGUCUGGCAGCCGCUGGUUGUGUUUGACCGAAGGCCAUGAAGCGUGCUAUAGUUUACUAGGAGAUACUGGGGCAAUCUCCUUCAUGUAAAUUUUUAUAAUUUGUGUCAAUUUUGUGUGAUUUGUAAUCUUGGUGAAUUUAACACGAAAUGUUUGCUGAAUGGUUGGAUGAGUUUAUCAGUUUUCUAUAUGCCCACAUUGAAAUGUGGUUGCAUAUUUCCGAGGCUAUUUCAAUAUCCGAUUGACUUUAAAUUUAUCCACAAUCUUUAAGGUCAUGAGUUGAAGAAACCUAUAGAUUUUCAGCAAUUUCCGAUAAUAACUGACAGAGUGAUGGCCUUUGAUCACUUUGAAAAAUUUUGUGCAUGCUCUAGAGGCUAAAGAUAAUAUCCGCUUGACGUUUAUGUUUAUACACAGUGUUUAAUGUUAUGAGACAAAGAAGCCUAUUGAUUUUCAACAAUUUCCGAUAUGUACUGUCAAUGGCCUUGAUUACUUUUACUUGUUGAUGUUCGAUUGCCUUUAAAUUUAUUGUUUAAGGUCAUCAGGCAGGGAAUCCUAUUGAUUUUCAGCGAUUUCAAAUAAUUACUACCAGGGUUAUUGCCCUUCAUAUUAAAUGUUUUGUAUACUAAACGUUAGCAUAUGGCAGGACUGGAAGCCAACUGGGUUGUUACUCGUAAUCGGAUUUUAGUGUGUUAUAAAUUUUUCAUUACAGACAUAAGGAUAAGAGAAAAAUAUGGGACAACCCUUGUUGACUGCUGGGAUGACUUGGCUGCUUGGUCGUAUGCUUCGUUGCUUUGCAACCCAUCUUUCUAAUAUAUGAGUUAAAUAUAUCCACAAUCAUUGGAAGUAUAAAGAAACAAACAUUUGGAUGUAGGUGAAUUCUCAAAUGAUAAGUGAUAUCUAAUGAAGGCCUAUUGUACUGUUUUACUCAGAAUGUUAGGGGAUUGGGGCAUUCAUGGUAAAAAAAAAAGAAUAUAUAUUUUUUUUAGUUCCGCCUGUUUAGUACCAAGUUUUUGUGGAAUAGUGUAAUAAAUACAUCUACUUUUCCGAUACAAAAUGAUUGCAUAGUAUAAGACCGGCGAAACGGUUAAACUUUUAUGUACACGAAAGUUGACUAAAGAAUAAAAUGUAGAAAACGAA